CAUUUAAGCUAAGUCACCCCAGGAACAUAUAUAGAUGUAAAACAUUCAAAAUACAGUUUAUACUUUCUUGUGAAUUUGCGUUAAUUGGUAGAAAUCGAGGCCAUCGAAAUCGAAGGCCGAACCGAACCGAGGUUUUUUAGUUGAGUGAUCGGAAUCGCUUCAAUGAAAAUGGUGCGCCCGAGUCGUCGCAAGGGAAUCGAGGAGGUGUACGGAUCCAAGCUGGAUGCAUUGCAUCCAGUGAAGUCGGUGGCUAUUUCGCAUGCAGGUAUGACCAAAACCACGACAAUGCGAACUGAAAGAUCGGGAAUUGGAGGCGGACCCGGAACCAUUAGCUCUCGGCCAAACGAUUCUCGAACUCAGCGCAGUUUUGUGACAGAAAACGAUUACUACAUCACCACCAAUCUUCCGCUGACGGCGGCCAAUUUGAGAAAUGCCCCGAGCACAUUAAAUCAGCCAUCGCCUUCGCAAAUGAUUCCCGGCCACGCCCACCCGUCGCCCUACAACGCCAUGUCCUCGAGGCGGCAGAAUAUGGCCAACAAGGCCACCGGCCGUCAGCCGCAGAUGAACAAGAUGCCGCAUUUUAAUCUGGCCGAGGGCAAGGUGAACCAAAGUGUCUACAGCAUGGCGAAGCCGAAGGAGACGCAUCGGAUGCAGCACCACGGAAAGGGCAACACCCAGAGGAGCAACUAUCCCAUAGAUGAUAACGCCGACUCCUCCGACAAGGAGGUAAUGGCUCCACAGCCGGUAAAUCAUGGCAACAGGCGGCGGCACAACCAGCACUCCCACGUCCACCAAAUGCAAAUGCAAAUGCAGACGCAAACGGGAGUGAUGCAACAUCCGCCGCAGCACCAGCUCCACCAGCAGCAGAUGUCGAACCACAGCCACUUGAAGCAACAGCAGCAGCAACAGCACCACCAUCACCAACAGCAGCUGCACCACCAACAGCAUCAGCAUCAGCAUCAGCAUCCGCAUCCUCAAGCACAUUCGCAUCCGCAUCCGCAUCAGAAGCACUCGCGUGGGCGGCAGCCGAUUCCGACGGGCAAGGUGCACGUGAGUACCGCCGAUGAAGAUGGAGAGAAGGACGACGAUCCCGAGGAGUUCUUCGAGCUGAUCCGCCAGACCGUCCAAACUGCCGUAGGGAACACCAUCUCGGAUGCUCUUGUGAAGAACUUACGAGAUCUGGGCCACAAAAUCGAAAGGUUCUCCGGCGAAUUGAAGCAGACAAAUGAGCAACUGGAGAAGCUGCAAGAACACGUUACCAGCAAGGUUAUUUACUACGGGGAGGAGAACUCGCGACACUUUCGCUAUUUGUGCAUGAAGUCCGAGUACGACAAGAUGUUCUACCAGCACCAAUCUCUGAUGUCCGGCAAGCCAACACCGGAGAUGAUCAGUCUUUCGAAGGCAAAUUUAGCGGCAGCUGCCUCGGCGAGCAAGAAUCUUGACUACCAGCCAUCGCAGAACUUGAAACAUUCUGUUGCAAAAGGAGUCAAGAGCCACGGCAAAGUGGGCGGUGCCAACAAAAAGGAUCUGAACGUGACUCCCAAGAACUCCGCGGCUUAUCACAGCACCUCUAAGCCACUGCCGCAGAGCCCUGAGGCCCAGAAAUCCUCCUCGGAUCACAGUCUGGCAGUCAAGUCCUCCGAAAUGGGAAUGCGGGAACUUCUGGGCCAACUACAGCGCUUCUGCACUCAGGUGCAGCAAAAUGAAAUGAAUGGCCAGCCUGUGAGCGAGCAGAUGCCCGAUCUCGAUGACAUUUUGAUUCAAAACAAACUUUCCAAAAGCGGACUUUGUGAGAGGGUAAUCAAGAAUCCCCGCAACAUCGCCGGCUGUCAGGGGGAUAAAAAGGAUGAUGACACCGAGGUGGAAACGCCCAUUGACAGCAUGGAUGAGACCUACACCGAUGACAUCCGUUUUUCCUCGGAAAUCUCGUCCUGCAGCGAGGACGAUGACUGUGGGAUCAAGUACCCAAGUGGAUCAGUCACCGCUCGUGGGCCACCCAAAUCCAUUCGGAGGACGGCCAACAAAGGAGCGGGAGAUGGUCAAUAAGGGGACUGGAUUCAUUCCAGAUCAGUAAAAUGAAGUAACAUCGAAGCACGAGAAACCAAACACCAUUAUUCAUCUCAAUAUUUCAUUUCAAUGAAUAUUUCAUAUCAAAAUUGUACGAAAUUUUUCCAGACAACGUAAGCCAUGAACACCAAAACCCUUUCAGUUUUAGGCUAUUUAGUACGAAAAAAAAUUAUUGUUUGUACCUUGCGUACAAGUAUUUAUGUAAUUUGUCUUGGCGAUCAGAAUUAAAAUACUUUUGAAAUUGCAUAAAAA